CAGAGAUAGCUUUUUUUUUUUUUUAACCUUAAGCAAGAGAACGAGAAAGAGACUCGGGAGAAGAGAACCUGAACUCUCAGGAGAGCGGCGUAUCUGGAACAACAAAGCAAUGAUCUCACUGCCUCUCUGGACUGGAUAAACUUGACAAAGAGAAGAAAGCCAAGUGAGAAGACAUUGGAUACCAAAAUGUGGACAUAAAGGAGAUGAAGAAAGUCAAAAUAAGGAUUUUAAGGACUGUCUGAACAGUCUGUUUAAAUCUUUUUUUUGUCUUUCUACAACAAGACUUUUUUUAUGAAUGUUUUAUUUGUUUUUUUCCUGCUGAAUCUACUGUUGAACCAUCAUGUAGCGUCUCCUUGCUAGCUCUGAGGACGACCAGGCUUUGGCAAUAGACUACUGGCAGUGGGUUAAACUCUUGCAGCUCUCGGAGCCGACAGCAGAGACAUGUCUCUAGAAGAUGUAAGAAGCACUGCCAGCUUUGGGGCUGAGAGUAUUGCUUCAGACCAUGCCGAUGGCCACUCUCUCAACCAAAGUCAGGACCAGGAUCUGGAGAACCAGAGCCAAGGCCAGGAUAAGAUUGUUCUGGAGCGUAUUGCCUCUCUGUCGCUGGACAUGUUUGAUCCCAGCGACUUCACCGGGAGGUUUACUAAGAUCCAGCCUAGAUCCAGAAAGAGGACAAGGAUCAUCAGAGCCUCUCCAGUGGGACUGAAGCCACCUAUCCCGCCAGUCAGUGGAACUCUUGGAGAGAGGAAGGGUCCUGUCGUCAUGGCGCCCGUCAACGUGGACCCUGAGAGUAAGCCGGGCGAGUUCGUCCUAAAAAGCCUGUUCGCCAACUUCACCUUGCUCUCUGAACGCAAGAUUCGCAUCAUCAUGGCCGAACCACUGGAGAAGCCGCUUAACAAAUCUCUACAGAGAGGAGAGGACCCGCAGUUCGACCAGUUGAUCAGCACUAUGAGUUCUUUAGCAGAGUACUGCCUGCCGUCUAUCCUGAAGACUCUGUUUGACUGGUACAAGAGGCAGAAUGGCCUGGAAGACGAGUCUCAUGAAUAUCGACCCCGGGCGAACACCAAGUCUAAAAAUGAUGAGCAACAAAAGGACUACUUGUUGGAGAGGAGGGAUCUGGCAAUAGACUUCAUCUUCUCUCUAGUGCUUAUAGAAGUUUUGAAGCAGAUCCCCCUUCAUCCUCUUUUGGAUGGACUCAUCCAAGAAGUUAUAAACUUGGCCUUCAAGCACUUCAAAUACAAGGAAGGGUAUCUUGGACCCAACACAGGCAAUAUGCACAUAGUGGCUGACCUCUAUGCUGAGGUAGUGGGAGUUGUUGCUCAGUCCAGGUUCCCGGCAGUGAGGAAGAAGUUCAUCUCCGAGCUGAAGGAGCUGAGACAGAAAGAGCAGAGCCCCUAUGUGAUCCAGUCCACCAUCAGCCUCAUCAUGGGACUCAAGUUCUUCCGCAUCAAAAUGUACCCAGUGGAAGACUUUGAAGCCUCCUUCCAGUUCAUGCAGGAAUGUGCGCAGUAUUUCUUGGAAGUGAAGGAUAAAGACAUUAAACACUCAUUAGCUGGACUCUUCGUGGAGAUACUUGUGCCUGUAGCUGCUACUGUGAAGAAUGAGGUGAACGUACCGUGUCUACGAAAUUUUGUAGAGAGUUUGUACGAUACCACGCUGGACCUGUCCUCUAGGAAGAAACACUCUUUGGCGCUCUAUCCUCUGGUGACCUGCCUGCUGUGUGUCAGUCAGAAGCAGUUCUUCCUCAGCCGCUGGCACAUUUUUCUCAACAACUGCCUGUCAAACCUCAAGAAUAAAGAUCCCAAGAUGGCACGUGUGGCUCUAGAAUCACUCUACCGCCUGCUCUGGGUUUACAUGAUCCGGAUAAAGUGCGAGAGCAACACUGGAACACAGAGUCGUCUGACGUCAAUCACCUCCACGCUGUUUCCCAAAGGGAGUCGUAGCGUUGUGCCCAGAGACAUGCCACUUAAUAUUUUUGUCAAGAUUAUCCAAUUUAUAGCACAGGAGAGACUGGAUUUUGCUAUGAAGGAGAUCAUAUUUGACCUGCUGAGCGUCGGGAAACCUGCCAAAGCCUUCAGUCUCAACCCAGAGCGUAUGAACAUAGGUCUGCGGGCGUUCCUGGUGAUAGCAGAUGCUCUGCAACAGAAGGACGGAGAGCCUCCGAUGCCCAACACAGGAGCCACUCUGCCCUCUGGAAACUCUCUUAAGAAGAAGAAAACCUAUCUCAGCAAGACCCUUACUGAAGAGGAGGCCAAACUAAUAGGCAUGUCCUUGUACUACUCCCAGGUGCGAAAGGCUCUGGACAACAUCCUCAGACACUUGGACAAGGAGGUGGGUCGUUGCAUGAUGCUCACCAGUGUCCAGAUGCUCAACAAAGAACCAGAGGACAUGAUCACUGGUGAAAGGAAGCCUAAAAUCGACCUGUUCAGGACAUGUGUGGCUGCCAUUCCUCGUAUCCUUCCUGAUGGCAUGUCCAAACCUGAGCUGAUUGACCUGCUCUCACGACUUACGGUGCACAUGGACGAUGAGCUUCGUCUCAUUUCCCAGAACUCCCUGCAAAGCCUGCUACUCGAUUUCUCAGACUGGAGGGAAGACGUCCUGUUCGGUUACACACAUUUCCUUUUGCGUGAGGUCCAAGACACACAUCAGGGUUUGCAGGAUGCAUCUGUAAAGCUUCUUCUGCAGCUGCUCACACAGUGGAGGUUAGCUCUGCAGCUCCAGGGGAAGAUGCGAGGUGGAGUUGAGGCCAGCACCAGACUGCCAGAUCGAAGCCCUCAUUGCUCUGUACUCCAUGCAGUCGAGGGCCUGGCUCUACUGCUCCUCUGCUCAUGUCAGAUCAGCACGAGGAAGCUGGCAGUUGGUGUGUUAAGAGAAAUACGCUGCCUCUUCACAGCUCUGGGACACGCUGAGGAUGAUGACAAACCCAUGAUAGAGGUCAUGGACCAGCUGAGCCCAGCUGUAAUGGACAGCUUUGUUCAUGUGGCUGUUUCUGACUCAUCCACCUUACCCCUGAGCCACCAUGUUGACCUCCAGUGGUUGGUGGAGUGGACGGCUCGACUGGUGAGCAGCUCAUAUGACGUGAAAAGCCCGAGCCAUGUCUGGAUCUUCGCCCAGUGCAUGAAGGACCCCUGGGUGCUCUGUCUGCACAUCUUCUUGCGGCAGGAGCAUCUGCCCAAACACUGCCCCAUCGCUCUGGGAUAUGCCUGGCCCUACGCUUUCACACGGCUACAGCUGCUACUGCCACUGGUUGACCCCAACAGCCCAGUAAAUGCUAAGAAGACCAGCACAGCUGGCUCCAGCGACAGCUACAUCUCUCUGUGGCGCAACUACCUGAUCCUAUGUCUCGGUGUGGCUAAGCCAAGCAUCAUGUCCCCCGGUCACCUCAGAGCUUCAACUCCAGAGAUCACUGCCACCACGCCUGACGGCAGCGUCACCUACGACAACAAGGUGAUAGGCACUCCCUCAGUAGCUUGGCUUUUAAAACAGCUGGUCCCACUGAUGAGAGCUGAGAGUCUGGAGAUCACAGAGUCUCUGGUGUUGGGCUUUGGAUGCACAAAUGCUCUGGUCUUCAGGGAGCUAGUGGAAGAACUCCAUCCAUUGAUGAAGGAAGCACUGGAACGUAGGCCUGAGAACAAGAAACGCAGAGAGAGGAGGGAUCUUCUCCGGCUGCAGCUGCUGAGGAUCUUUGAACUGCUGGCGAAUGCAGGAGUUAUCAGUGACAGCACUAAUGGAGCACUGGAGCGUGAUUCCCUGGCAUUGGGUGCCUUGUUCCUUGAGUAUGUGGACCUAACUCGGAUGCUUCUGGAGGCUGAGAAUGAAAAGGAGCUGGAUGUGCUUAAAGACAUCAGAGCCCACUUCAGUGGGAUGGUGGCCAAUCUCAUCCAGUGUGUUCCUGUCCACCACAGGCGCUUCCUCUUCCCUCAGCAGUCACUGAGACACCAUCUCUUCAUCCUCUUCAGCCAAUGGGCCGGACCCUUCAGUGUCAUGUUUACUCCCCUUGAUCGUUACAGUGACCGCAACCACCAGAUCACUCGCUACCAGUACUGCGCUCUCAAGGCUAUGUCAGCAGUUCUGUGCUGUGGUCCGGUUUUUGACAAUGUGGGACUCUCUACUGAUGGCUAUCUCUACAAAUGGCUUGACAACAUCUUGGCCUGCCAUGACAUACGGGUGCACCGUCUGGGGUGUGAGGUGGUCAUCCUGCUCUUGGAACUGAACCCAGACCAAAUCAAUCUGUUCAACUGGGCUGUGGACCGCUGCUUCACUGGAUCGUACCAGCUGGCAUCUGGCUGCUUCAAGGCCAUCGCCACUGUCUGCGGUAACAGGAAUUACCCAUGUGACCUAGUCACGUUGCUCAAUCUGGUGCUAUUCAAGGCUUCAGACACUAGUAGGGAAAUAUAUGAGAUCUCCAUGCAGUUGAUGCAGGUGCUGGAGUCUAAGCUGUGUGCGUACUCUAAGCGAAUGGUGGAGCAAAAGCCUGGUAACAUUCUGUAUGGCACACACGGCCCCCUGCCUCCCCUGUACAGCGUCAACUUAUCUCAACUCUCCAUCCAGCUGGCCAGCAUGUACCCGGAGCUCACUCUGCCUCUCUUCUCAGAGGUGAGCCAGCGUUUCCCAACCACCCACUCCAACGGCAGACAGAUCAUGCUGUCCUACCUGCUACCGUGGCUCAGUAACAUUGAGCUAGUGGACACGGGGCUCCUCCCCCCUGCUUCAAGCCCCUGCACACCAGAGGAAGAACCUCGUGGGCAGGCACACAGCAUGGGUCUGUGCCCCAGUCUGAGAGGUAACGGCUGGGGCUCCCUGCAGGCGACCUCGCUGGUGCUCAACAACCUCAUGUUCAUGACAGCUAAGUAUGGAGAUGAGGUUCCUGGUCCAGAGAUUGAGAGCGCCUGGAACGCUCUGGUGUCCAACGAGAGGUGGAGCAACAACUUGCGGAUCACCCUGCAGUUCCUUAUUAGCCUGUGUGGAGUCAGCAGUGAUACCACACUGCUGCCUUAUAUCAAGAAGGUGGUGAUCUACCUGUGUCGCAACAACACCAUCCAGACUAUGGAGGAGCUUCUGUUUGAGCUGCAGCAGACUGACCCAGUCAACCCUGUGGUCUUGCACUGUGACAACCCUCCCUUCUACCGUUUCGCCGCCAGCAACAAAGCAUCGACCUCACAGACGGGCACCACCUCCAGCAGUAAUACUGUGGUGGCUGGUCAGGACAACCUGGCAGACACAGAUGAGAACAAGCUGGUUAGAGAGAGUGAAGAGCGCAGGGCCAGGGCUCACAACAGACUGGAGUCUCGCUACAGCAACAGCUCUGGAGGCUCCUACGAGGAUGAAAAGAAUGACCCACUCCCACCAUAUGCCGGUUGGCUGCUGGGUGUUCUGGAGACCAACCAUCCUCAGCCGUUACCCAUGCCCGUUAACGGAGGCUGCUGGGCUCCUCUGGUUGACUACCUGCCUGAAACCAUCACACCUAGAGGACCACUGCACAGGUGUAACAUUGCAGUGAUCUUUAUGACUGAAAUGGUGGUGGACCACAGCGUGAGAGAAGAUUGGGCUUUACACCUGCCUCUGCUACUACAUGCCCUCUUCUUGGGUCUGGACCACUACAGACCAGAGGUCUAUGAACACAGCAAGCGUCUCCUUCUCCACCUUCUCAUUGCCCUCUCCUGCAACAACAACUUCCAGGUAAUAGCCUCAGUACUGAUGCUGACCAGAGAGAUCAGUGAUAACAAGACUCUCACCAUUAAAUCCAGCUACCACACAGAGUAUCAACAGUCACAUGCACCUGACUUCCUGCGAGAGUGGCAGGCAUCUCCGGUGGUGGAUUCCGGACUCAGCUCCACCUCCAAUUCUUCCUCUGCCAGUCUGGGUGGCGGCAGCACUGCGGGCAGUGUUGGAAAUUUGCCCCUCGUAACACCUGACGACCUGGAGGACCUUGAAGAUACGCCCAACGAGAACGACGAGAAGACAAACAAACUUAUCGAGUUCCUCUCCACCAGUGCUUGGAGUACUGUGUUGUUGUUGCUCAGAGCGUUUGGGCCGCUGUGGGUGCACGAGGACAUCACACCGAAGAACCCCAACUCCAAGAGCACAGAACAGCUCUCCAACUUCCUGCGCCACGUCGUCUCUGUCUUCAAGGAGUCCAAGUCGGACUUCCACCUGGAGCAGCAGCUGAGCGAUGUGGCCUUACAGACGGCUCUAUGCAGCUCCUCACGUCACUAUGCUGGACGCUCUUUCCAGAUCUUCAGAGCCCUCAAACAGCCAAUCAACAACCACGCUGUCUCUGACCUGGUGUCACGCUUGGUUGAGGUGGUGGGAGAACAUGGAGAUGAGGUGCAGGGCUAUGUGAUGGAGGUGCUGUUGACCCUGGAGUCAGUGGUGGUGAAUCUAGCAGAAUGUCUAAAAAACAGUGACCUUAUGGCAGCUCUAACCAGGACGUCUUCACCAGACUUUGUGACUAGCGACAAACUGAUGAACAGAAAGAGCACAGGCCAAUUGAACUUCCCGGGCCCGGGAUUUGCUGGUCUGUCAUCACAACGCCACCAGCGCUCCUUCUCGGUCCCCAAGAAAUUUGGCGAGUGUGGCUACCAGUCGAGUGAUCCUCCUCGCAGUGCAACUCUGGAUCGCAUACAGGCCUGCAACAAUCACGGCCUUUCGCGAACAGGAAGAACCCCUGGGUCCUGCACAUCAUCUACCAAUCGCAUUGAUCCCAGCGUUCUCUCGGAUCCUGCUCACGUUUCCCAUCCUUCAUCAAUACUGGCCACAGUCUUCUGGGUAGCAGUGUCACUCAUGGAGUCAGACUUUGAGUUUGAAUAUCAGAUGUCACUUCGCCUCGUUCACAAGCUCCUAUCAAAGGUGCCCUUAGACAGAGCAGAGAACCGCGAACGCCUGGAGAAGCUGCAGGCUCAGCUGAGGUGGAGCGGUUUCUCUGGGAUUCAGCAGCUUUUGUUGAAGGGUUUUACCUCCCAGGCCACUUCUGACCUCACCCUGCAGCUCUUCUGCCAACUCACGCCAGUCUCCCGCGUGCCUGUUGUUGACAGCUCACAGUCUAUAGGUUUCCCUCUAAAUGUGCUGUGUCUGCUGCCUCACCUGGUGCAGCACUUUGGCCAUCCAACUCAGUUUUGUAAGGAGAGCGCUGAGAGGAUCGCACAGGUGUGUUUGGUGGAGAAGAACACAAAGCUGUCCCAUUUGGCCCAUGUGAUGACUCUCUAUAAGACACGUUCCUACACACGGGACCCUUUCUCCUGGGUCAGUGUGGUUUGCCGCUACCUUCACGAGGCUUUCUCUGACAUCACACUCAACAUGGUCACCUAUAUGGCUGAGCUGCUGGAUAAGGGCCUUCCCAGUAUGCAGCAAUCUCUCCUCCAGAUCAUCUACUGUCUGCUCAGCCACAUGGACCUGACCGCUGUACAAGUGAAACAGUUCAAUGCUGAUGUCACAAAAACCAUUGAGAAGUUUGUCCAGACAAUACACUGGAAGGACGCCUUAAACAUCUUGAAGCUGGUGGUAUCGCGCUCUGCCAGCCUAGUCCAUCCGGUGUAUGGCCACACGCAGGGUGACCUUUCCAACCUGGAGGUCAGCAGGGUGUGGGACGGUUCAGCCAAGGCUCUGCCUGGUAAAACACUGGACUUCACUUUUGACAUCUCUGAGACCCCAGUGAUUGGGCGUCGGUUUGACGAGCUCCAGGGUUCAGGGGGUAGAGAGGGGAAGGCCAGAGCCAUGGCUGUAACCCGCAGUACUUCCUCCACCUCCUCCGGAUCCAACUCCAACACCAUCCUGGUUCCUGUCAGCUGGAGGCGACCACAGUCAUCUCAGAAAAGAACCAGAGAGAAGCUGGUGAAUGUUCUGUCUCUUUGUGGACAAGAAGUUGGACUCACCAAGAACCCAUCUGUGAUCUUCUCAUCAUGCGGUGACCUGGACAUGAUGGAGGUGCGAGAGAGCGGUGUGUCAUCAGAGGAGGGCGGAACCAGAGAGGACACGCUGGAUGACACCGCCAGCGAGCAGCAAUUCAGGGUUUUCCGAGACUUUGACUUCCUGGAUGUAGAGCUGGAGGACGGAGAGGAGCUCCAGGGUGAGACUGUCGAUAACUUUAAUUGGGGUGUGCGUCGGCGAUCGCUGGACAGCACAGAGCUGGGUGACCUGUUGGAGGAGAGCCAGCAUUCAGGCAGCACUCCCAGUCUGGGUCACGAGGAUCCUCACGAUUCAGACGAGUCCUCAGAGGAAGAGGAGUCUUCAACUAGCCAGAGCCUCUCUCACUCUCAGCUUACUAACCCCUCUCCAUCAGAGGAGACCAAUCACACUGAUUCUCUAUCUACUUCUUGCGACACAUCUGUUGACCCACAAUCUCUCAAUGCCACCACGCCGGGCCAGGGAGCACUCCAUGAUGAUCACAGUGGCCUACAUAUGAGGGUGUGCGGUGAAGAUGAGGACACUCAGGCCCAGGAUGACGAACUGUCACUGAGCACCAAUGAGCUCCCUCACGGCUCAGACUGUGGUGAGAGCUUCACCCUUGAGUUGCCGGGGCAACCUCAGGAUCAGCUGGCCAAUCUGGACCACAGGCUCAACGCAGACUACUGCCAACCACCGCUGGACUUUCUAGACCCCAACUGUCUGCCCAGCUUACGUGAUGAUGUAGAUGACUUGGAAGACCUUGGUUUUCCUCCUCCUCCCUCUCCAUUUUUCUCCGCCAUCUUGGCAGCAUUCCAACCCACAGUGUGUGACGAUGCUGAGGAGGCGUGGCGUUGUCAUAUCAACCAGCUUGUGACAGACUCAGAUGGGUCCUGUGCUGUCUACACUUUCCAAGUCUUCUCAUCUCUCUUUAAGAACAUCCAGGGUAAAUUCUGCACCCUGACGACUGAUGUUGCCACUUACCUCGGAGAGGGCCUAAGGGGCAUCGGAUCAAAGUUUCUCAGAUCCUCACAGAUGCUAACCACAUGUUCAGAUUGUCCAACAAUCUACAUCGAUGCCGACACUAUCAUGUCUUAUGGUCUGCUUGAAAAGAUGAAGUUCAGUGCGCUGGAGCUGCAGGAGUAUCUGGAUACCUACAACACCAAAGAGGAGGCUGCUGUAUCGUGGCUGAGGAACUGUAAGGACACAUUUCCCAGGUGCCCCGGUGACAGUGUGGUUACCUGCCAGCCUGGAGACUCAGAAGAGAAGCAAAUGGAGUCUCUUGCACAACUGGAGCUUUGUCAGAGGCUCUACAAGCUGCACUUCCAGCUUCUUCUACUCUUUCAGUCCUACUGCUCGCUCAUUGGUCAAGUUCAUGCCAUCAGCUCUGUGCCUGAGCUGCUGAACAUGUCUCGAGAGCUUACCGACCUGAAGACCAGCCUGCAGGCGGCGGAGGCAGCUGUUGCCAGCGACCUGGAACACAAACACUUGGCCCACACUCAUGCGCACGCCAGUCAGGUGGCAGCCAUGGUUGUGCCCAGCUUCCCCACCUCUGAGGCAGCAGUGAAGGCCAUACUGGAGUGCCUUAAAAACCACGAGUUCACCAAAGCUGUCCGCUACAUCCAGGAGUGCAGGAGGCAAUGGCCCAACGGAGUGUUUGGUGGCAGCUCAGAGAGCGAGGUCCAGACACUGCUCAAUGUCUACUUUCGCCAUCAGACGCUGGGCCAGACGGGCACCAUUGCUCUGGUUGGUUCCCGCCAGGACCUCAGCCUGAUCUGCUCCAAGCUGCUGGAGCUCAACGGGGAGAUCCGCGACAUGAUCCGCCGCGCCCAGGGUUACCGGGUCGUCACAACCUACCUCCCCGACUCCAGCGCGUCCGGGACCAGUCUCUGACAGGACCUCAGGAGCCCCCCGCCCCCUCCUUCCCCACCCUUACCUCCCCUGCCGCUACAGCAUGCGACCCCUCCAAAACCACCUCCACAUCCUUCGCUGCAGCUGAACCAUACGCCAUCUCAGUCUGCUCUUACAGAGGAGGCCCAGCACCCACAUACAUGGCCGCUGCCUCCUCCUGUCUGUCUGCUGCCUCGGCUGCAGAGCUCCAGACAUAUUCCUGGCUACCACCCUGCACAACACUAGCACCCGAACCAUAUUCACACCAUGACCCGAACCUUUCUCUGCUCUCCUCAUCCUCAUCCACUGCAGAUUUCGAUACCUCUUUGCUUGAUUUUCCCAAACCCCCAAACCUGUUCUCAUCACACAGCUGCUCGGACACACCAGGCCAACAAGAUUUUACAUUGCCGCACACACAAGAGCCAGGCAGGAGUUAUCUUGAUGAGAACACUAGCGUUUAUUAUCCCUUCAGAGGACACUCAUCACAUAGUUCACCACUGUUACAUUUACACAGCAACAAACACCCGAGAUCAUCUGUUACAUCUAACACGCUCCCCACCGUAGCCUCAGAACCCACCCUGCUUACAUACUCUGACACAAACGCAUCACCCAUUGCCCCUCAGGGCUCCCAUCUCCCCCAUUUCCCCCGUUCUCCAUACAAACACUCAAGCCAAUCCCCAAUUCUACACCCAGGCCCCGACAUGGUCUUAACCCAUGGCCCUGCACGCUCUUCCUCCCUCCUCCCCCUUCCUCCGCCUCCCCCACCCUGUCCCACCAGCCCAGGAGAGGCUGCAGCAUGGGGUUGUUGUUGCUCCUUCGGUGGAGCUGCUACGCCCUUAUCUCGCUACCUGGGGAAGGUGGGGCACGCCGCCCUGCCCCUACUGAAAGUAGGGGGGCUCCUGAAUGAUGAACCGUCAGACGUCCAAACCUGAGACAUUAAACUUUUUCCAUGCCAGAGGACUUUUAGAGCUUAACCCUCUGUGAAGUUGAGACAGAAAUACCCGAAAAAACGUACACUUACAGAACAGUGACCGAUAUCCCAGACAUGAUGGGAUGUGUCACUGAAUCCACUGGACACUACAGAUUGCUGCCUGCUGUUAAAGAUGACCUGAUGUGAUUAUAUCCGAGCGCCAGCUUCGCUUUAUGGCUAUACGUUGUAAAAUUGAUGUGCUCCUAAUUUAAGUUCUGCUUGAUGGUCAUCAUUCAGCAUUUGAUCCGCUCUGCACAUGAGGACCUGUGAAAGCUCUUAGCUCGGAUUUCUAACUUGCUUCCCAGAGGAAGCAAAGAACUGAUUGAACUUACUGACUGUUGCUGCCUCCUUCAGGAAGGACCUAGUUUGCUGGUUGUAUCACCAGAGACUGUGAGGAAACUACCCGUGACAUCACUGGUCAAGUUUUCGCUAUUGCACUAAACGGAGUUUUGAUAUUAGAUUUUUAAAAAUGUUACAGAAAAGGAGGUUAUGUUACUGUUUGUUUUGUUACCGUGAGAGAAAAGGCUGUCACUUUCACUGAGAAGGAAAAGCCAAAAGCCGGAGUAACUUUUCUCUCCUUAUUGUGUCUACUGUUUUGAGACCUCCUCUGGAGGAAACUGUGCAAUGCAUGACCCAGUUGAAUGCUUUCUACUGUACUAGCAUCCCUUUUGCGCCCUAAAAAGUCUGACCUCUCCAGACCGACUGAAAAGACUGAUCGACAAAGAGCGGAUGCAGGAUAUUUAAGCGUAAUUCCUUAUGCUGCCCUUUGUCUGUUUAUAUUCUGUAUCAGUGAACAAGCUUGUCUUCUGACUACUGUUGUAAACAUCGGUAGACUAAUCAUGCCAUUAUCUGUGCACGUCGUACACUCCUCUGUGGCUAGUUGUUAGCAUCAUUAGUGGGUGUAUACACUGUAUAAUUCUCACUGUCCUACACUGUAACACGUUGACCUUAUGCGUUCACAUGCCAAGAGGAUGGUGCAUGUAUACACACAAAUAUUUUGUCUCUGUCUGUAUACUGUUAAUAGUUGGGCACACAACCAUUGUAGCAUAUGUUUGUGUGUGGUUUGUAGUUACCUUACACGUAAGGGAAAUGCUGACAUUCAGCACUCAUUGAUGUUCAAAACAAAACCUGUGCUACUACUGAAGUCGAACACUUCCUGUCGUCAGCCUUUUUUUUGUGACACCCCACACUCCGUUUCCCCUCUAGCAGUUACUUGCCCCUUUGCUGUACAAAUCUUUUUCCUAUUUAUAUCUGAUCCGCUAUAAAUCAACACUCAUUCGACUUAGGUUUUAUAUUGAUAUUUGUUCUCCUAAAUCAAACUGCCAUGCAUGCAUCUUCUGUGUACUGUAUGGAGUGUCUGAAAUAUUUAUUAACAGAAUCAUAUUUUAUCUGAAAGAUAUGUUUGUAUGAGGUACAAAAGGGAGCUUUAAGCUCAUGCGGGUAUGUUUUUGGUUUUUUUUUUUCUUUGUUUGUUUGUUUUUCCUGUGUGUGGGAGAACGUGUGUGUGCAUGCCAAACAAGAAAUUGCACAUUUUUAAAGCUUUUUAGAUGAAGACUGUAGUUGUUUUUUUUCCACCUUGUAAAUACUUUUACAGCCUUUGUGAAGUUGUUUUGAGUUGAUGCUCUGUACAAGUUGGUGUCAAAGUAAAACAUAUCAAAAUUG